GCGCACCCUAAGCCGGAGAGCGAAUGCAGCGGGUUCCGGUUCUGUCGACAGAGAGGCACAGCUGAAGGAGAACCAGGACGCUGGUGCUGCUCCCGAUUCGCUUCUGUACUGACAGGAGCGACCGAGGAUAAUGCUGAGGCUGCUUCUGAGAGGCGCCGCGGGCUCCGCGCGGAAGAAUGGUGGCAGAGGUCCUGUGGCUCAUCUGCAGCCCCUCAGGCAGUACAGCUCUUCCCAGAGCAGUGGGGCUGCCAAGGUGGUCGCUGCCAGCCUGCUGACCGUGGGCGGAGGGAUCGGAGGCACCGUUCUGUACGCCCAGUGGGACCACAAGUUCAGAGCAACGGUGGAGAAGAACGUUCCGUACUCCGACUCAGUGUUUGGUCUGAUUCUGGGACCUGCUCCUCAGAAUGCCGGCCCCCCCGUCAGAACGCAGCUGGAAUCCACUCAACCUCAGUCCAUGCUGGAGAAACGAGCGAAGACCUCCAAGGUCCAGUCAGAGAAGAAAGUGAAGGGGACGACAGAAACCGAGGCCAUAGAGCCCACUCCCACCGUGUCUGUUCCUGCAGCCAGCAUGGAGGAAGCUUCAGUCGAGGCGACCCAGAUCAUCUCAGCCAGCGGUGACGUCCCAUCAGUCCCGGCGCCGUGUGACACAGAGCCCACAGUGGUCACAGGUAACACACACGAGCACUGUGACGAGUGUCACCCCGCCGGCCCCGAGGCAGUCCUUCAUGGCGCCGAUUCACCCACAGAACAGCUAGUAGAGCGUCCGGCUGAGGAGGUGUCGGCUCGGCUGGCCCAGCAGGACCAGGAUGAGCAGAACGUUUUAGCAGCGGUUUCUAGCAGUCUGGAAGAGUCUCUGGCCUGUUCAGCCAGAGCGGCGCUGCAGGCCAUUGGAGCCCAGGAGGCGGCGCUGCAGGCCAUCAACCAGCACACGCAGAAGCUGAAGGAGGCCAUGGAGGCAGAGAGUCCACCUGAGGAGAAGUCCGUCCAGUGGAAGGAUCUAGAAGCGGCUCUGAUGGACCGGACUUCUGCUGUGACGGACGCCACAGCUGCUCUUCAGAAAGCCAAUGAAGCUCUGGAUUCUCUAAGGACCACCAUCAGGAACUCCAAAGACCUCAAGGUUGCCGCCGCCCGCCCGCUGGUCCUAGCAGCCGAGGAGAACCUGCACAAGAUGGCGGUGGACCUGGACAGAGUAGUGGCUCAGGUGCAGUCGGCCGAGGCGGAGUCCAAGAUCGUGUCCCAGUACAGUGACCUGGUCCAAGAAGCCAAGCUGCAGUUCCAGAAGGAGGUCAGCAGCCUGACUCCAGAGAUCCAGGCCAACUGGAAAGGCCUCACGGGUAAGCUGUCCUCGGACGACCUGAACGCCCUGAUUGCCCACGCUCACCGACGGAUCGACCAGCUGAACCGAGAGCUGGCAGAGCAGAGAGUCCGGGAGCAGAUCCACAUCGAUGCGGCUCUGCAGCAGCAGAAGCUGGAGGACCAGAGAGUGCUGGAGAAUGCCGUCAGCUCCUCGCUGCAGCACGUGAAGGAGGAGGCCCGUCUGGAGCAGGAGAGAAAGAUGAACGAGCUGAGGGAGGUGAUGGAGGCAGAGAUGAGGACUCAGCUCCGGCGUCAAGCGGCGGCUCACACCGACCACGUCCGAGACGUGCUGAAGGUCCAGGAGCAGGAGCUCCGCGCUGAAGCAGAGCAGGUUCUGAGCAGUAAGCUCCUGGACCAGGAGACGCGGCACCGUCAGCUGACCCAGGAACAGCUGGACAACUUCACUCUGGACAUGAACGCUGCAUAUGCUCGCCUGAAGGGGGUGGAGGAGGCCAUCGACAGUCACUUGGUGGCGGAGGACGAGGCCCGCAGAGCUCAUCAACUGUGGCUUUCUGUGGAAGCCCUCAAUCACACCUUGAAGACCGCCGGCGCCGAGGAGCCCAGCGUGCCUCUGGACAGCGCCGCCCAGAUAGUACGUGACAGCUGCAGGGAGGAUGACUUUGCGUCCGCCCUGGCCGAGGCUCUUCCUGCAGAGUCGCUGUCUCGCGGCGUUUACGGCGAGGCUUCUCUCAGAGCCCGCUUCAACUCCCUGCGGUCGCUGGUGCGCAGGGUGGCGCUCAUCGACGAGUCCCACAACUCUCUGUACCAGUACUUCCUGUCCUACCUUCAGGCAGCACUGCUCUUUGAGGACCAGCAGGUGGCCCCGCCCACCCAGCUGAGCAGCGAGGACUUGGAUCCGUUCAAGCUUUUGUCAUAUGCGAGCUACUGCCUGGAGCACGGAGAGCUGGAGCUGGCGGCUAAACUGGUGAACCAGUUGAAGGGUGAAGCCAGAAGGGUGGUGGAGGACUGGCUGACUGAAGCCAGACUCACGCUGGAGACCCGGCAGGUGGUCAGUCUGCUGUCGGCGUACGCCAACGCCGUAGGCCUCGGCACCACCCAGGCUCCGUGACCCUGUGGUGGAAAGAGCCCCAGUUCUCUUGAAGGAUGUCGAUGAAGAACAGCAGCUGUCCAAAGGUUGGACCAGGGGGUGGGGGGAGUGAGAAUGGUCGGAAUGCAAAAGAAUAAUGGUCUCAUUUCAGUCAUGUUUUCUGUCACAAACAAGCUUCCUCAUAUUAGUCUGUAAUCACGCUGUGUUCCUGUGAAUAAUACACAAACUCAAUAAAUGGUGAAUCGGA